UUUUUGCUGAGAUCUCAGGGACUUUAUCAUGCGAAGCUAGCUCCUUCUGAUUAGCCACGUCAUGUAAACUUAGCAGUGAAGCGGUUGUUAGUUAAGCGCACGAAGGUUUAGUUUUGGGGGGGUUUGAGGUAGUUUUUAAAAAAGAAGAUUUUAUUUAGAAUUUAUAAGUUGGCAGUUGGCUUAUGGAAAGAUGUCGGACAUUGGGGACUGGUUCAGAAGCAUCCCUUUAAUCACCCGGACCUGGUUUGCUGCUUCGGUUGCUGUUCCCUUUCUGGGGAGACUAGGAUUGGUUGAUUUCAGGAAUUUUUUGCUGUUUCCGGAACUGGUCUUCAACAGAUUUCAACUCUGGAGACCAGUGACGGCCACUCUUUUUUUCCCAAUAACCCCUAGCACUGGCUUUCUCUACUUAGUCAACCUAUAUUUUCUCUACCAUUACUCCUCUCGGCUAGAAACAGGAGCAUUUGAUGGCAAACCUGCAGACUAUGUUUUCAUGCUCUUCUUCAACUGGAUCUGCAUUGUUAUAACUGGGCUGCUGAUGAAUAUGCGGUUACUGAUGAUUCCUCUGAUAAUGUCCGUUUUGUACGUUUGGGCUCAGUUCAACAAAGACACGGUUGUGUCCUUCUGGUUCGGAACUCGAUUCAAGGCUUUUUAUCUACCUUGGGUCAUCUUGGCCUUCAACUUUAUCAUCGGAGGGUCUUUUGUGGAUGAGCUGACAGGAAACCUGGUGGGCCACCUGUACUUCUUCCUCAUGUUCAAAUACCCCAUGGACCUGGGAGGUCGCUCCUUCCUCUCCACACCAGAGUUUUUGUAUCGGUUCUUUCCUAGUAGGAGGGGAGGAGUGUCAGGCUUUGGAGCUCCUCCCAGCAGGAGGCCAGCAGCCCAGGAGCAGGGAGGAGGAGGAGGAGGACGAGGACGUCACAAUUGGGGACAAGGCUUUCGCCUUGGGGGCGAAUGAGAGGAACUACACGCCCUCGGCUCCCACUAAUAACAAAUAGCUGGGCCCGAUGUUUUGGGCUAAAAUUCUUGCUUCCUCACAUUAUUUCUUGUUUUGAAGGAAUAAAAACUUUAAGUUCAGGUUUGAUUCAUAUUAAUUUAAAUUUUUAAAAGAUGCAACGGGAUGAAAUCUGAGGAAGCAUGUGCUUUAAGCAGCACUGCACAGCAGGACUCAGACUCUGGCUUUAGGCUCCGUUCUCCAAUGAAAGCCAGCUGUACUUUUUCAACUACCGAGGAUGUAUCCAUGUGAAGCUGAUAGAAAAACAAAUAAAUAGUUUCUUUUCUGUGAUCUUUCUGCCACCCCUUAUUUACUUCUUUCCUGCCCUCUUCUUGCAUUUUUCCAUCCAAAACAUGCCGUUGGGCUGUCAAGAUGAGAGAUGUUGCAGCUGCACACCAGCACGCUGUUGAUUUUGACUCAUGUUCCUCCCUCUCUGUGAUGCCAUAUCAGAUUACAUUGUAAUUACCAACGCACCAGGAACGCGCAAUCACACAUCCCUCGGCAGAACAUGGGCAAAGCUAUUUAGAGAGCACAGUUUCCAGGUCUGAAUUGUAAAAUGUUUUUGACCCUCUCUGGCACAGAGUUGGAUCUUUUUUUUGUGUCAAAAGACCUGAAACUGAUAAAAAUGGAUUGUUGCUCUUCUUUUUGUAAAUACAGUUGUUUAUUGAAAGCA